UGUAACAGAAUGUAACUCUCUUUGCCAAAACAGCUGGCGGCGGGUUAGGGGCAGUGGGAUGGGAUUGUAGUCAGGUGGACGCAUCACCUCCUCGCGGGAUACACGUACGCUGGCUGCUUUAAUUUUGGCGUGGGCUCCUCGCUCACUGAUCCCCACCCACACACAGAGGCGUAAAAAGAAUUCUUCACUGUAGCUUGCACAGUGCGUGUCACCGUAGGUGCGGUGGGAUGGAGACGAAGAUGAAGACGAUGAUGCCCGUGGAGGUGGUGGACACGGCGCUGGUGGCGCCGAGCGAGGAGACGCCACGGCAGCCGCUGUGGCUGUCCAACCUCGACCUGGUCGUACCGAGGAGGCACACGCCGCUCGUCUACUACUACCCGGCAUCCGCGCAGGGGCAGGGCGGCGCCUCCUUGGCGCCGGACCGGCUCAAGGCCGCGCUGGCCGGCGCGCUGGUGCCGUUCUACCCGCUGGCCGGGCGGCUCGGUGGUGCUGCCCCCGACGGCCGGCUGCAGAUCGACUGCAACGGCGAGGGCGCGCUCUUCGUCGUCGCCAGGGCGGAGCACCUCGCCGGCGACGAGAUCUUCGAGGGCUACGCGCCCUCACCGGAGAUCCGGAGAGCUUUUGUGCCGUCGUCAGAGCCGGUUGAUGACGACGACGCGGCGUCCUGCCCAGUGGCCAUGUUUCAGGUGACUCUCCUCAGGUGCGGCGGCGUGGUGCUGGGCACCGCCAUCCACCACGUGGUGUCGGACGGCGUGAGCUCCUUCCAGUUCAUCCAGACAUGGGCGGGGCUGGCCCGCGGCCUCGCCGUCGGCGCCGAGGCGGCGGCGUGCGGGCCGCUGCCGGUCCACGACCGGACCCUCCUCCGUGCUCGGCGCCCACCAUGCCCGACCUCCGACCACCUCGACUACUCCCCGGCCUUCCCCACCCGCCGCCUGCGUCCCUCCCCCACCCGCGUCUACCCCGUCUCCCCCAAGCUCCUCGCCGACCUCAGGUCCCGCUGCGGGUCCGGCGUGUCCGCGUUCGCCGCCGUCGCCGCGCACCUCUGGCGCUGCGUGUGCGUCGCGCGCGGGGCCGCCGCCGCCCCGGCGGGGUCGGACACUACCCACCUCGGGCUGCCGGUCAAUGUCCGCCGCCGCCUGAGGCCGCCGCUCCCGGAUGGCUACUUCGGCAACGCCCUCGUGCGCGGCCUCGUCACCGCCCCGGUCGGCGACGUGCUGGACGGCUCGCUCGGGUCCGUGGCGGCGGCGAUCAGGAGGGCGGUGGACGGCGUGGACGACGCGUACGCGCGGUCGUUGGUGGACUACCUGGAGCUGGAGCUGGGGGACGCCGCCAGCGGCCAGGCGGUGGCGAGCGAGAGCGAGCAACGCGUGCCGGCGUGGGACCUGUGGGUCGUGAGCUGGCUGGGCAUGCCCAUGUACAGCGCCGACUUCGGCUCCGGCGCACCAGGGCUCGUUGCGCCUGCGCACAUGUUCUCGCCCGGCCAGGCAUUGGUAACUCCGUGCGCCAACGGCGACGACGGCAUCACCGUGCUCCUCGCUAUGGAGCCCGAGCACAUAAAGUGCUUCGAGAAGGCCUUCUACGGGGAGUGACAUCACACCGUUGUUGACAUGCAUGCAUCUAUCUAUACUAUAAACUUAUAUAUUAUAAAAGUCGAAAAUAAUCGAAAAUAUUUCUCACCCAUAUUGAGUCGGUCGUACCCCUCACGCUAGGUCCAUCUAUCAGGAUCGAGGGAGAUAGGAGGCAUACCGACCUAUAAAAAUCACAUGUUGAAAAAUGUUUCUGCCGAAAA